CAAGAUGGCUGAAUACUCACGGGGGGACAGUUAGCAAUUAUCUGAGCAAGACGUCGGGAAUGAAUGGCAAAUAGCAUUAUAAUGUAAAGCGUUGCCUUGGAGUAAUUACCAGACUACAGUUUGUUGGUUUGCAUAUUUUUUUAGGAUGCAUGAAUACCAGUAAGGAGAGAGUGGUCUCUCCGCGGCCCCGAGCCAGAACAUGGCGGAACACUUGGGGAAGAAAUAGCAGCUAAGGCUAGCUAGCUGGCGUAUUAUUCAGAUACAUUUAGAAACAUAACUCCAGAGUUAACACGGUGUCUGCGGUCAGCGAGUGUGAAAUAAUGUUAUCGUUGCACGGCUGUGGUCGUUUUGCUUCAACGGGUUUAACAUUGAAUUUGUGGAGCGUAGGCAGUUAGCGUACUAGCUAGCCAGUUAACUCGUUAGGUUUUCUAGCUAACUGGCUAACGUUGCCCGCAAGCGUACACACUGUUCUAUUAAAAAAGCAGGUUGUUUUUGGGGGGCAGAGAUCGUGACGUUGAUGCUUACUCUGAAAACUACUCCCUCAAUUGUGUGCUGGGACUUCCUGAUGUCUUGUCAGUCAUUGUUUUGUCGAUUAUAGCUAAAGGCAGUAGCCUCCGCACUGUAAAUUGUUAGCUUGCUAUAAUGGUCUGUAAGCUGAUUUUGUGUGGCGCGUUGCCUGUAACACUGGCGAGAUAAGUUUUGAGGCAGCUUUUUCGAAUAAGCAGAUAUUGUAGUUGCAGCUGCACCUGGGAAUCUUCCUGGAUAUACCCGGUGUCCCGCCUUUAAGCUCCUUCAAAGAACUGUUAUCCUGGUUGACCCCUGACAUUAGAGACGUGCAUUGUAGAAGUGGUCAGGUGUAAAUAAAAACAAGUGAAUUGCAGUUGUGGCGUUACAAGGUGAAGUCCUGUAAAAGCCAAGAAGGUCCGGAAAGGGGGAAACGGUUACAGCUACCUGCCAGGAUGACGGACACUCGUCGACGAGUCAAAGUGUAUACCCUCAAUGAGGACAGACAGUGGGAUGACCGUGGGACCGGGCACGUCUCCUCGGGCUAUGUGGAGCGUUUGAAAGGCACGUCUCUCCUGGUGCGAGCAGAGAGUGAUGGUUCCCUACUGUUGGAGUCCAAAAUCAAUCCAAACACAGCCUACCAGAAACAACAGGAUACGUUGAUAGUAUGGUCCGAGGCUGAAAAUUAUGAUCUGGCGCUCAGCUUCCAGGAGAAGGCUGGCUGUGAUGAGAUCUGGGAGAAAAUAUGCCAGGUGCAGGGAAAGGACCCGUCAGUGGACAUCACUCAGGACGUGGUGGACGAGUCUGAGGAGGAGCGCUUUGACGACAUGUCGUCGCCAGGUCUGGAGUUACCGCCAUGUGAACUGAACCGCUUGGAGGACCUGGCUGAGCUGGUGGCCUCCUCACUACCUUCACCACUGCGGCGUGAGAAACUGGCACUGGCCGUAGAGAACGAGGGCUACAUUCGCAAGCUCCUGGAACUGUUCCGUGUGUGUGAGGAUUUGGAGAACAGAGAGGGACUGCACCACCUGUAUGAAAUAAUUAAAGGCAUCUUCCUGCUCAAUCGUACUGCACUCUUUGAGGUUAUGUUCUCUGAGGAGUGCAUAAUGGACGUCAUUGGUUGUCUGGAGUUUGAUCCAGCACUCCCGCAGCCACGGCGGCAUCGGGAGUUUCUGACUAAGACAGCCCGAUUUAAGGAAGUGAUCCCCAUUUCUGAUCCGGAACUGCGUCAGAAAAUACACCAGACGUAUCGGGUGCAGUAUAUUCAGGACAUGGUGCUGCCCACGCCCUCUGUUUUUGAGGAAAACAUGCUGUCCACCCUGCACUCCUUCAUCUUCUUCAACAAGGUGGAGAUUGUGGGCAUGCUACAGGACGAUGAGAAGUUCCUGACAGACCUCUUUGCACAGCUAACAGACGAGGCCACCGAUGACGACAAAAGACACGAACUGGUGAACUUCCUAAAAGAAUUCUGUGCAUUCUCUCAAACGUUACAACCUCAAAACAGAGACGCCUUCUUCAAGACGUUGUCAAACAUGGGCAUUCUACCUGCACUAGAAGUCAUCCUGGGAAUGGAUGACGUUCAGGUGCGUGGGGCAGCCACGGAUAUUUUCUCUUAUCUGGUGGAGUACAACCCCUCCAUGGUACGAGAGUUCGUCAUGCAGGAGUCUCAGCAGAAUGAUGAUGACAUCCUCCUGAUCAAUCUGAUCAUAGAACACAUGAUCUGUGAUACAGACCCAGAGCUCGGUGGAGCAGUGCAGCUGAUGGGCCUGUUACGGACUCUGGUGGACCCUGAGAACAUGCUGGCUACUGCAAAUAAAACAGAGAAGACAGAGUUCCUGAGCUUCUUCUAUAAGCACUGUAUGCACGUCCUCUCCGCUCCACUACUGGCCAACACCACAGAGGAAAAACCAAGCAAAGGUAUUGAAUACCUGCGAGGUGUGUGUAUAUGUGUAGGUUUUGUAAAUAAAACUUUGGCAUUCAUGCACAAGUAUUUUACGUUAAUUACUACCUGCAUUCUUCUAUUAGAUGAUUUUCAAACAUCCCAGCUGCUGGCCUUGAUUUUGGAGCUGCUGACAUUCUGUGUUGAGCACCACACCUAUCACAUAAAGAACUACAUCAUCAACAAGGACAUUCUCAGGAGGGUACUGGUGCUCACUGCCUCUCAGCACGCCUUCCUCGCACUAUGUGCCCUACGCUUCAUGCGGAGGAUCAUCGGUCUGAAGGACGAAUUCUAUAAUCGCUACAUCAUGAGAAACUUUCUCUUCGAGCCUGUCAUCAAGGCCUUCCUCAACAACGGCUCACGCUACAAUCUCAUGAACUCAGCCAUCAUUGAGAUGUUUGAGUAUGUCCGUGUGGAGGACGUGAAGUCUCUCACAGCUCAUAUAGUAGAAAACUACUGGAAAGCUCUGGAGGAUGUCGACUACGUUCAGACGUUCAAGGGCCUAAAGCUGCGGUAUGAACAGCAGCGAGAGAGGCAAGACAACCCCAAACUGGAUAGCAUGCGCUCCAUUCUGAGGAACCACCGAUUCCGUCGUGACGCACGAACUCUGGAGGAUGAAGAGGAGAUGUGGUUCAACACAGAUGAGGAUGACCUCGAGGAUGGUGAGGCAGUGGUUCCUCCUUCUGACAAGAUGAAGACUGAGGAAGACCUCAUGGAACCUAUAAGCAAAUUCAUGGAGAGAAAGAAAUUGAAAGACCCAGAAGACAAAGAAGUUCUGGGGAAAUCGAGUUUAUCGGGUAGGCAGAACCCCAGCUUCAAGCUGUCCUUCUCUGGCUCCACAAAGACCAGCCUGUCCAGCCCUCCGUCAUCUGCCUCAUUGAACCCAGGUUCUCCGGGAUCGCCAGGUUCUCCGGGCUCAGGGGCACGAAGCUCACCCUCCACCACAACUGUAACCACAAAGGGAGGUUUAGUGGGACUAGUGGACUAUCCUGACGAUGAUGACGAGGAAGAGGAAGAAGAGGAGGAAGAAGGGGAGAGUAAAGAGGACCCUCUGCCGCCUUCGAAGAAGUCCAAACUGAGCUCCUAAAGAAGCGCCACUGUCUCAGCUUGUGCUCUGCUCGGACAGUUUCAGCGCAAAGACUUAAUACAGGAAUGAUCAAACUUGUAAACAAAUUGAAUGAAUGAAUGAGAGCCACCCCUCGCCGUCAGCGGGUGGCCAAAAGAGGAGCAGACUGAACAGAUAAGAAGCCUCCUCAGACUAGCCCACUUCAUACAAGUGCCAAUCAGGAAACCAGGAGUGAAGACCCGCCUGACACGUGGAGCAGACGCGUGGAAGUUGGGGGAGAAACGAUCGUCAGCGGAGUCCGGACAGCAGGAGACAGGUUGGUUAUUAAGCAACUGGAGGAAAAGACCACAUACAAAAACAUGUACACACAGACUGAAUCCCACAGAGCUCGCAGGCUCGGACCAUAACCCACUGCCCCCCGCCCCCACCCCCACUCCGGGAAGGACAUCACAGCGACCCAAAUGGGUCGGCCAAUGCAGACCCAGAACCACCACUCGCACCCCCAUCCCCCUCCUCAGAAUUCUCCUUCCUCCUCGUUUCUUUCUACUUCUUUUUCUCCUCCGCUCUUUCUCCCUCUCUUCGUCUGUUGCUUUUUGUCCCUUCUCUUUUUUUUUUAAGUUAGUAUAUAGGACCAGACGGGAGGCAGCACGUGGCAAAGAGCUGUCCUUGUUGUCAUUUGAUGAUGUCAUCAGUGUCGUCGUUCCUCAGCGGACGUUUCUUUCUCUGAAGAGAAAAAAAAAGCCAGCAGUUUCUUCAUUAUUUUCUUUUUGUUCUCUAUUUGUCUCUCAAUCUUUCUCCUGUUUUUUGUAAAUGACAACAAAAAAGACCUGCCUUUAAAUGUUCAGGACAUUUUCAGUCACACUUGAACAGGUUUUUAAAGACCUCAGUAGGUGAGCUAGAUUUACCCUUUUUGCCCUUUGAAACUGCAGAUUUUUUGGAGAAUUUGUAAUCCCGUCUUGAUUAAAGAUUGAGUGGAAUUCUAGAUGUGAUGAAUUUUGUCAUAUCUUUUCUUUUUUUUUUCCUUUUACAUGAGUGUACACUUAGUUGUUCAGAAUAUUUGGGACCAUUAAAAUGAUCUUUGCUGUAA